AAAAGAAAAAAAAAAACCAGUGUGUGCAAGAAUGAACUGACCGACUCAUUUCAAAUCAGUUUGCAACUGCUUGAACAGAACCACAUUUUAUGCAGAGAUGUGAAAUGCUAUGUGAAUUAGUGUGGAAUGAUUAUGUAAGUCCAAUUUGCUGAAAUUAUUCAAAGUAUUUUAGUUAUAUUAGUAUAAUCAGAUCCGUUUAAAUGGGCAGCUGUUGCUCGGUAGAUCCUGUUCAUAGUUCAUGUUCAUGUUUGUUUAUCUGUGUAUAUUUUAACACAAGACCAUCUCGCUUUCUCCCCUUUCCUCACCCUUUUCCUCUCUUCUUGGGCGUGUUCCCUCCAGACUGUACUUUCUCUUCAGGUUAGAAAUCGUGAAGCAUGGGUGACUGGAGCUUUCUUGGGCGACUGUUGGAGAAUGCACAAGAACACUCGACCGUGAUUGGCAAAGUCUGGCUGACUGUCCUCUUCAUCUUUAGGAUCCUGGUGUUGGGAGCAGCGGCAGAGGAAGUCUGGGGCGAUGAACAGUCGGACUUCACCUGUAACACGCAGCAGCCUGGUUGUGAAAACGUUUGUUACGAUGAGGCCUUUCCCAUUUCGCACAUCCGUUACUGGGUGCUGCAGAUCAUCUUCGUGUCCACUCCAACACUCAUUUACCUGGGUCACAUACUACACAUCAUCCGUAUGGAGGAUAAGCGUAAAGAGAAAGAGGAGGAGCUGCGAAAAGCACAGGGACACCAGGAGGAGAAAGAACUCCUGUAUAGGAAUGGGGAGGGUGGCAGAGGAGGUGGGAAAAAGGAGAAACCGUCAAUCAGAGAUGAGCACGGCAAAAUCCGCAUCAGGGGUGCCCUGUUACGUACGUACGUGUUCAAUAUCAUUUUCAAGACUCUGUUUGAGGUGGGUUUCAUUUUAGGUCAGCAUUUUCUCUAUGGUUUCCAGCUCAGGCCACUUUAUAAGUGUGCACGGUGGCCCUGCCCCAACACUGUGGACUGCUUCCUGUCCAGACCCACAGAGAAGACCAUCUUCAUCGUGUUCAUGCUUGUGGUGGCUUGUGUGUCACUUCUGCUGAAUUUAUUAGAGAUUUACCACCUUGGAUGGAAAAAAAUCAAACAGGGUGUUACCAGCGGAUACAUCCUUGAGCAAGAGUUGCUGGCCCAUACUGACCCGGUGGAGACAGGAGCCAUUCCUGCUGCCUCCAGAACUGACCCUGCAACCCUUAGCUAUCCUCCCAAAUACACCAAGUUGGCAGCAGGUAGCGCAUCAUUCUUGCAGACUGGGUCAGUUCCUGUAACAACAGAGUUCAAGAUUGAUCCUCUGCACGAGGAGCCAAACUCUUUCUACAUCAGUAGCAACAAUCACAGGCUGGCUGCUGAGCAGAACUGGGCCAAUCUGGCCACUGAACAGCAAACUCUGGAAAAGAAGGCCAUCGCUCCCUCUACUUCCUCCUCCUCCUCUGCCUCUUCCUGUGAUAACGAGCAGCGCCUCAGAGACGCUGCUCCCACUACCAGCAUUCCCAGCUCAAGUGGUGGCAUUUUGAGUAGUGGGAAGUGGGAGCCAGAGGAGAGUCACGUCACCACUACGGUGGAGAUGCACGAGCCACCUAGCGCGUUUACUGACCUCCGAUGCAUGAGCAGAGCAAGCAAGACAAGCAGUGUAAGAGCAAGGCACAAUGAUCUGGCUGUCUAGUAACCUUCAUUGCACAGCUCCAAUUUUAAUAUCUACACAUUAG